UCCGCGCCGGCAGCACGUUGGCCCGGAGGUGCCGCGGGGUUUACACAGCAUUAGAAUGCCUAUGGCUAGUGAUUUCUACCUGCGCUACUACGUCGGGCAUAAGGGCAAGUUUGGGCACGAGUUUCUGGAGUUCGAGUUUCGGCCGGACGGAAAACUUAGAUAUGCCAAUAACAGCAAUUAUAAAAAUGAUGUGAUGAUCAGAAAAGAGGCCUAUGUCCACAGGAGUGUGAUGGAAGAACUGAAGAGAAUUAUUGACGACAGUGAAAUUACAAAAGAGGACGAUGCUUUGUGGCCACCCCCGGACAGGGUUGGCCGGCAGGAACUUGAAAUUGUAAUUGCGGAUGAACACAUUUCCUUUACCACAUCAAAAAUAGGUUCUCUUAUUGAUGUAAAUCAGUCAAAGGAUCCUGAAGGCCUUCGUGUGUUUUACUAUUUGGUGCAGGACUUGAAAUGUUUAGUUCAGUCUCAUUGGACUACACUUCAGGAUUAA